AGACAGUUCGCUUUGGUAACGCUCAGUUAUUCGACGCACGCGAAUCGAAUUUGUGCUAGGCCGAAUGUGUUGAAGUUGGCGCCCGACUCUUGAUAGCUCCGCAUAUAUACAUAGAAAUUCGCUUGUACAUAGACGCACCUAUGCAACAUGUCUAAAAAACCGUAUAGCACAUAAAGCCCGUUUGAGUUUCUGAUUUCAUUAAAAAUAGUCACGACGUCAUGUGUCAUUGAUUGUUGCGAACCUAUUUGAAAUUCAUAUUUGUUAUAGCUAACACUCUAAAGUUUGAUUCAUGAUCUCAUAAAAAUAUACGCAUCAUCAGUACAGCAGCGAGAGCCAGAGAGAGAUAAAGUGAGAACGAGAUCGAGUGAGAGCUAGUCAAAAAAGAGCGAAUACAAAAAGAAAACAAGUUUUUUUUGUUAGCGCUGCGCAAGUGGAUUUAUAUUGCUCCAUACAGGAAUUUGAAGCAUUUGUGGAUAUAGCAGCAGUAUGGCCUCCACAUCGGGUUAUAAGGUGUUUGCCUAUGCCCUGCACAUACUUUGUACGCUGCUGGCACUGGUGCUCAUAUCUUUUGGCAUCUAUAUCCUGGUAUCCUACGAUACAAACGAGAUUGGCUGCUGGACAGCCUACGCAUAUAUUGGCAUUGGCGCUGCGGCCAUAAUUAUAUUUUUCUGGGGCUAUCUGUCCGCCUGGAGGGAGAAUGUCUGCUGUACAGUGACUUUCAUUACCAUAUUGUGUGUGGUUAUUAUUGUUCAGCUGGCUGUGUUGUUUGUGCUUACAAAGGGCGAAAAUACAGCUGCAUCGAACUUGGCCAAUUCAUUGGAAACGACAUGGGAGGAGGAGCUCAAUAGUCCUGGCGCUAUGUCCUUGUAUGAGAACUGGUUCCAUUGCUGCGGUCGCGGUAGUCCUCAAGAUUAUAUUGUGAAUGAACGUUUACCGCCAGCUACGUGUUUCCGGGAUCAUGAUAAAAGUAAAUCGGAAAACUUAAUUCAUACGGGCUGUCGCGUUGAGUUCGAAAAUUAUUGGCGGCACCUGUUGAGCAUAUUCAACAUAAUGGGCUGGAUACUGGUCGCCGUUGAGCUGAUCCUUAGUUUUGUAUCCUGUGGACUGUGCAACAGUAUUCGCAAUGAUCAUCGACGUUCGUACUACUGAGGAGUUUGACCGUCCAAAGUGAAAUUUGCAUUUGUUGAAAUUAUUAUUGCUUCAAAUAUAAUAUAAUAUGGCGUUUAAAUUAUUUCACUAUUUUUAUGUAAAGUGAAUUUACCUCACAAUACUUUACAAAAACAAACAAAGAACAAAAACAAAUUGUUACCAUGUGCCCAACCAUUUAAACUUACGAAUUUUCUAAGAAAGUGCUACAACAGUUAAAAUGGCUUUUG